AUACUUUCUCUCACUUCCCCCCCCCCCCCCCCUGCUCUCCUGCCUGAAAAGAGAUCGAAGGUCCCCCACCCCUUAGUUCCAAUAGCUCAGACGCUUACUCUUGCGGGUUCAUACCUCAAACGCAGUUAGCCGAAAACCAGUGUGUAAUGGCAGCGCCGAAGCAGAGACAGAAAUGAAGAUAACAGUGGAAAGAGCUAGUGUCCAAGAAAUCCAGCCUCCUCUAAACCCUCCACCGCCGUCAGAUAUUCCCGGAAAGCCCAGUUUUCAGCGCAAGCCGCCUCGUCGGAAAACCAGGCCUUCCGGCCCAGGAGUGCGGUUGAAAAGGGAAUCUGGAGUCGCAUCUGUGAAACGGAGCAGCCGCCCUGAGACCCCUUUGCUCAGAUGGAAGUUUGAUGAGGGCAGUGGCAAGAAUAGUUCUGUGCAGGACGAUGGUGGAGUGUGGAGGCUGCGGUUGCCGGAGUUCCAGACUGAUGUUGGCCAAAGGGUAGGGCUUCAGUCUGGAGGUGGCCAUUUCGGAGCCAUUCAUUUCCAUCAUGUUGACAGAGUGCAUGGCUCUCCAGCAAAGGAUCCAAUACAUAAUCCGCAUUCUGUGUCUGAUCCAAAACAUGGGCUUUUCUACAAGUUCGAGCCGUCAUUUCAUUUACCAAACUCUGCAAUGGAGGGGGCAACAAAGUGGGAUCCUGAUGGUUGGAAGACAUCAGAGGAACUGAAGAAAAUAUUUGGCCGAUCAAACCAUCUUGACCAACGAGCCAGUGGUGCCAGAGUAAUAUCUGCCCUUGAGGCAGAGCUUGAUCAGGCUAGAGCCAGAAUCAAUGAACUUGAAACAGAGCGCAGAUCUUCAAAAAAGAAAAUCGAGCAAUUCUUGCGAAAGCUCAGUGAGGAAAGGGCCGCAUGGCGGAGCAGAGAACAUGAAAAAAUCCGUGCAAUUAUAGAUGACGUGAAAGCUGACUUGAGCAGAGAGAAGAAAAACCGUCAAAGGCUGGAGAUAGUCAAUUCCAAGCUGGUCAAUGAGUUGGCUGAUGCCAAAUUAUCAGCCAAGCGUUAUCUGCAGGAAUAUGAAAAAGAGAGGAAGGCCAGAGAACUGAUAGAAGAGGUCUGUGAUGAACUAGCCAAGGAAAUUGGAGAAGACAAGGCUGAAGUGGAAGCGCUGAAGAGAGAGUCGAUGAAGCUUCGGGAGGAAGUGGACGAAGAGAGGAAAAUGUUGCAGAUGGCUGAGGUUUGGCGUGAAGAACGAGUCCAAAUGAAGUUAGUUGAUGCCAAGGUGAUGCUAGAAGAGAAGUACUCCCAGAUGAACCGGCUAAUAGCAGAUCUCCAGUCUUUCCUGAAUUCUAGUAGGACAACCUCAGAUUUGGAGGAGUUCAGAAAAGCAGAGUUUCUCCGGCAAGUGGCUGCCUCUGUUAACAUACAAGACAUCAGGGAGUUGAAAUAUGAGCCCCCAAAUUCAGAUGAUAUUUUCUCUGUCUUUGAAGAUAUUAAUUUUGGGGAAUCCAACGAGCGAGAGGUUGAACCAUGUGAUGGAUACAGUCCUGCCAGCCAUGCCUCCAAAAUUCAUACCGUUAGUCCUGACGUGAAAAUGCUAAACAAAGACCCUGCUCACAAGCACUCCAAUGUAUAUAUAGAUCAGAGUGGUGAGCUAGAAGAGGAUGCUAGCGAGUGGGAAACUGUGAGCCAUCCCGAGGAUCAGGGCUCGAGUUAUUCACCAGAAGGAAGUGAUCCUUCCGUCAACAGAAAUUUCCGUGUCAGCAAUGUUUCAAGAGCUGGAACAGAAUGGGAGAGAAAUGGAGGAGAGGAGACGCCAAUCAUGGAGAUCAGUGAAGUCGAGUCAGUGAAAAUGAGGCAAUCGAGAAAGGGUUCAUCCAUAUCUAAACUGUGGAGAUCAUAUCCAAGCAAUGGUGAUAAUUGCAAGACUAUAUCAGUUGAUGGAAAGAACGGAAGGCUCUCAAAUGGUAGACUCUCUAAUGGGGCUAUCAUGUCACCAGAUCAUGUUUCAGCAAAAGGUGGCCUUAGUCCCCAAGAUUUGUCUGGGCAAUGGAACUCGCCUGACUCUGGAAAUCCACAUAUAAAUCGAGCGAUGAAAGGAUGCAUUGAAUGGCCACGUAGUGCACAAAAGAGUAGCUUGAAGGCAAGACUGCUAGAAGCGAGAAUGGAAAAUCAGAAGAUCCAAUUGCGCCAGGUUCUGAAGCAGAAGAUUUAGUUGUGAAUCUGAGUAACCUGUGAUCCUUGGUUGCCUACGCCUCUAACCAUGCUUGGUAGGAGCAACGUGGGAUGUCUUGGGAAAAGCUAAGAAUAAUUAUCAUGGUCUAACAUUGGGGGGCAUUUCAAGAGCUAAAAUAUUAUCGUUCAGAUGGAUUAGCAUCCGUUCUGUGCAUUACAAGAAAAAAGACUUUUUCCUACCAAGGAAGACUCACAGCAGAAGGCUGAAA